AUGUUGAAUAAGUCCGGCGAGAAGACACAUCCUUGUCUUACACCCUUUCCUAUUUAUGUAUCUGUUGAACAUUUUCUGUCCAUAUGCAGGCGAUUUGCUGCCACCCCAGCAACCGUCGGCUGCGAUGGCCUUGGCGGAAGCACCGAUCUAUCUAUCUAUCUAUCUAUCUCUCACACUCUCUCUCUCUCUCACACACACACUCUCACUCUCUCUCUCUCUCUCUCUGGUGAAAUAAUAUCUAUCUAUCUAUCUAUCUAUCUAUCUAUCUAUCUAUCUAUCUAUCUCAGUCUGUUCAUAUAUAUCUAUCUAUCUAUUUAUCUAUCUAUCUCAGUCUGUUCAUUAUCUAUCUAUCUAUCUCUGGAGUUUGUAAUAAGGGGGCCAAAUGCUGCAACUCUUCCUGCUCAGCAGGAUGUUCUCACAAGCCGGGAACAUUUCUGCAACAUCAACAGAAUCAGCGGCAGCAGGAGCAGUGGCCACAGGAGAAGCAGUGAUGGAAAGAACAGGAGCAGCGGCCUCGGCAAAAGCAACAAGUGCAGGGGUCUAAAUAGAAGAAACUGCAGGGGCGGCGGCCACAACAUCAAAAAAGCAGCGACCUCUCGACAGCAGUUGCAACAACUGUCGACACAGGUGCAGUUGAAAUGUGAUAUGGCGGAGGAAAUGCUUCCGCUUCGUUCCCCUUCCUUGAAAGGGGAAAGGAGGAGGAAGAUGGCGAAUAAAGAAUAA